AUGCAUAUCUUGACAGUAGCCCUUAGUGCCUGCCUGCUCGCAGCCACAGCCUCUGCCCAAAGGGCAGACGGUCAAUUCUGGCCAUGCAACCCAAUCAAAAACGACACCGGAGCCUGUCCUCCCGACCCAGGCCUUCCAACGAGCACCUACAGCGUCGACUUCACCAAACAAACCUCCAUUCCCACCAACUGGACCAUUUCCAACUACGCCAACAUCCCCUUCGGGCCCCUCGGCGCCGAAUUCACCUACGCCAAACGCUACGACGCGCCCCAACUCUGGACAGACUUCUUCAUCCUCUUUGGCAAAAUCACCAUUGAAGCGCGCAUCGCCAACGGCACCGGUAUGAUCUCCUCCUUUGUCCUCAUCUCGGAUGACUUCGACGAGAUCGACUUUGAAUUCAGCGGGAAUAAUUUCGGCGACACGGCCUCCCGCGGCAAAGGCCAGAAUAACUACUUCGGCAAGGGCAUCACGGGGAACUACGAUCGGGGCGGGUGGUUCGAUGUGGUGGAUCCGCAGGGGACGUUUCAUACGUACGAGAUUGAGUGGACGGAGGAGAGGCUGGUGUGGAGGGUGGAUGGGGUGGAGGUGAGGAGGUUUUUGGCUCGGGAUGCGACAACGGCCAAGGGCAGUGCGUAUCAGUUUCCGCAGACGCCGAGUAAGUUCCAGUUGGGGAUUUGGGCGGGUGGAGAUCCGGGGCAGAAUGAGGGGACGAAGGCCUGGGCCGGCGGAGAGACGAAUAUUUCGGCUGCGCCGUAUACGAUGUAUGUCAAGAAUGUCAAGAUUGAGAAUUACAAGCCUGCUUGGGCGUACAACUGGACGGAUCAGAGUGGCACGUGGCAGAGCAUUCAGUUGUUGAAGCAGCCAGUUGUGGAAGAGGAUGCGGAUGAGGGUAAUUCGACGAUUACGCCGCCGAGCAUGGAGAUGAAUUCGACGGAUCCGGAGAACGAUGGGUUGGAGGGUGGUAUUGGUGGGAGUUCGAGUGCGACGCUGCCUUUGACAUCUUCGUUGAGCAGUUCAACUUCGACUGACUUCCACUACCUCCACGACGACCAAACCGAGCUCUUCCUCAAGCACGACGAAGUCGGCGUCUUCGACCACGAAACCGACCGCUGCUUCUUCAAGCUCAAAGCCAGCCUCUUCAUCGACGCCCAAGACCAGCAGUACCAAGCCACCGUCAAGCUCAACCACAAAGCCUUCUAG